AUGCGCCUCUCCAUCAUUGUCGCAGCGCUCAUCACCAGCCUCGCAACCGCUAUGCCCGACCCACUGCCUCAAGGUUACACCGGACCGUGUUCAGUGGACAAUUGCGGCGUCAAAGGUCUCAAGUGUAGAUCACUUUGCGUUGGAUGGCCGUCGACUGACCUUGCCCUGCGAAAGGGUUGCACCUGCAGCAACGGCUGA